CGAUUCUGCCCCUUGUAGAAUGGGGCCCAGUUUUGACACUGCUUAUCCAAAUAGAAUACGCCUGACUAUGGCCAAUCCCUGUUAUAGCCAAACAAGCCCACAAGUAGCCCACAGCCAACUCAUCCAUCCAAGAGCCCCUGUGCCUGUUGGGGUCUGUGAAUCAGUUCCAUCAGUUCCCCGCUGCAAUGGGGCCCCCUUACUGGACUCCCACCUUUCCACUGUGCCGGCAGGAGGGCCCCCUACAGAGUUUAAUUGUGGUCUUAUCCAUUUGCUCUAAGUGUAGGGGGGGUCCCUUCCGAUGAGACUGUACCAAUCCUGCUGUAGGGGGGGCUCACCCUCUGACAGUUGGAAACAGUUUCCCGCAGUAAAUCAGGUGAGAAACAAAGGAUUUGAGUCCAUUUUGGGCCCUAGAACUAAACUGGGGUUUUAGCAUUUAAUAUUUAGGACUGGGGGACACACACGGAACCCAACUUGGGCCCCAUAGCAUAUAACAUAAAAUAUAUUUAGUUGGUUCACUAUCUUUCUAUUCCAGUCUCUCACUCCCACUGCCAGGUUGCUAGGGUAAACUGGACCCUAGUAACUGAAUAGGUGCAGGAAUUUAACAGUGAACUUUCCCUUUAAUCUUUGCUCCAUACUAGUUACCCUUUACUUACAUGGAGGUUCUGCCCCGGGGCAGGUAGGUUUGCCUAUGGCCAGUGCUGGGAUGAUCAGAGCGGUGUAACUUGAUUCCAUCCCAUAAACACCCUGGGCCGUUGCUAUAGCGACAGGCUGCUGUUUGCCUUUGUGCUCCAGUCCCUUUCACUUGUUAAUCAGUGUGUCCUGGGCCGUUGCCUGGGCUCUGCCCCUAAACACACGGGCUAUCAUGGGCAGUAACUGUCAGCUCUUCGACCCAUUCUGCCCUCCCAUUGCUGCCCAUGAGAUGGAAAGAUGAUUGACAGUUACCGGGGAGACUGACAAACAGGAAUUCGCUCAGGAACAAGGGGGUUGUGCAGCAGCCAAUAGAGCCAAAGCGCUACAUAUCUCUCGGCAGCUCGGGAUUGGCCCAGCAUGUCCCGCCGGCGCCUGGAGGAGGCCAUUCUGAGGUCCAAGGAGUUGGGGAGCUGCGGGGAGAGCCUGGAUGGGGGGUCGGAGGAAGAAUCAGCAGGAACCUACUCAGAUCUGUUUGUGAGACACCACGUCCCUCUGGCCAAGGAUUCCCACGGGAUUUACAGCCUGCGCUUCUGCCCCAACGGGAAACUACUGGCCGCGGGGUUUGGAAAUGGAGCCAUUCAGACAGUAAAUGUGGGAGGCGGUGGCGCUGACGUGACGCUCUAUUCCGGGCACCGCACUCGGCAGGCAGUCACAGCGCUCAGUUACCAUCCCGGGAGCCAGAACCUGCUGGUAGCGGCCGGGGCCGAUGGGAUCAUUUCCGUGUACGAUAUCCAGUCCCAACUGAACGUCUUCUCACUGACAGAGCAGGGAAAUGAGAUCAACGCACUGGAUUUCUCACUGGAUGGGAGUGUCUUUGGCACCGCCGGGAGGGACAGGAACAUCCGCUUGUACGAUAGCCACACCCACCAGAUUUUGCAGACAGUGGAAGCUCCGGACUCCCUGAAUGAUGACGACGUUUCGCUCACCAGCGGCCACACUCGCCGGAUCUUUGCUCUACGGUUCCACCCUGAGGAACAUCAUGUGUUUGUGACAGGCGGGUGGGACAAUUCUGUAAAGGUCUGGGACAAACGCAUAACGAAGGAAGCCCGGAGUGUUAUACAUGGCCCUCAUAUCUGUGGCCCCGGAAUCGACAUCAAGGGGGACAUGGUAGUGACGGGCUCUUGGGUGGCACGGAAUGCGUUGCAGCUGUGGGACCUCCGUUCCUCUGGGCUCCUGCAAGACGUCCCAUUCCCGGCCUCCAGUCUCCAGGGGGAGUUCCUCUAUGCGGCCAGGUUUGCCAGCGACACCAUAGUGUUGGCCGGGGGCAGCGGGACCUCCAGCGCUUGUGCCAUCAACUUCAGGACCAAGGAGGUACUCGGGGAGGUGUGCCUGCCCAAUAAAGCGGUGCAUACGGUGGACGUGUCCCCUGGGGGCCACACCGCGGCGGUGGCCGGAGCCGGAGGGAAUCUGCACGUCGCUGAGUUCUGUUAAUAUUCUCCGAUUUACCCCAAAACCUGCCCCGGAGGCUUCGGGUUCUGCCUCCAAAAGGAACUAAAACUUUGUUUCAUUAAUUAAAUUCUGAUAAUAAA